AUGGCUUCAAUCUUACUUGUAUCCAGUAAAUCCAUGAGCUCUGAUAGGAAUAUAUAUGUUGGGAAAAGAUUUGUUUAUGUUAAAAAUCCUUACCUAGAUUCCAUGGAUGAAGACAUUCUCUAUGACUUCCUUUUAGAAACAAAGACAUACAACCUACCAGCGAUGUUUGGGGAAGUAAAGUUUGUCUGCGUUGGCGGGAACCCUAACAGAAUGAAAGCAUUUGUACUGUUUAUGCAGAAGGAGCUUGGAUAUGAAGAAAGUGGAGAAGAAAUAAAAGACAUCUGUUCUGGGACGGACAGAUAGUAUAUGUACAAAAUCACUCCUGUCCUGUCUCUUUCACAUGGCAUGGGCAUCCCUUCCAUUUCUAUUAUGCUUCAUGAACUCAUCAAAUUACUUUACCAUGCUCAGUACUAUGAUGUUACCAUUAUAUGAAUGGGUACAUGAGGGGAAAUAGGGAUUGAGCCAGGGUCUGUUGUAACAGGCACAGCUGUAGACUCCUUUUUUAAGCCUCAGUUUGAACAUGUAAUCUUGGACAACAUUGUCACCCAAAGUACUGAACUUGACAAGGACCUGGCUGAGAAGCUAUUCAACUGUAGCAAAGAAACCUCCAACUUUGCAACUUUCAUUGAAAAUACAAUGUGUACCUAUGAUUUUUAUGAAGCCCAGGGGCGAUUAGAUGGAGCUCUGUGUUCUUUCUCCAGAGAAAAAAAGUUAGAUUACUUGAAAAGAGCAUAUAAAGCAGGGAUCUGGAAUAUUGAAAUGGAAUGAACAGUGUUUGUGGCCAUGUGUAAACUUUGUGGUCUAAGAGUAAUUGUGUUACUUGCUGUUCUACUGGCUGCGGUCUGUGUGACACUUCUUGACAGACUUUAAUGUGACCAAAUCAACUGGCCCCAUGAUGUUCUGGUAGAGUACCUGCAACGACCUCAGCUCCUGAUUUCCAGCUUCAUCAAACAACAGGUUGGGCUCUGUAGGAUAUCUCAGCCCUCCUCUGCAAGUCUGUAG